GACGGUCAAAGAGUCUGGGGUGGAGGUGUUGUAAAAUACAGUGCUCGCUCUGAUCAAUGGUACCCGUGGGAAUUUGAUCUUGAAGAUGGGAGAAAGGCUCCCAAGGGAGCCAAGAAGCUUCGUGUCACAGUUGAAGCAACCAAGAACGGAGAAAUCUCACAAAAUAUCCAUACAGGUGCUACUCCUCCAUGGCUUCUUCCAGACGACGAUGAAACUACCCAUUCUUCUGCUAUUGGUCCAUCAUUUAGUGAAUUUCAAAAACACGCUGAGCGUUUAAAGAAACGUGGGAAGAAUCCAUAUCGAGUUGGAGCAAAUUUCGAUCGAACUUGUAAAGUUGACAACGAAUGGUUGCCUUCAUUUGGAGGAGUGUGGAAUUCAGGUCCAAGAUGGCAGACGAGGCGAAGCUUCAAGUCACGACGUGGAAAACAGACCUAAAAUGUUCUAUGAUCAUAUUUGAAAUUACUGCGAUCAUCAAGCACCAUAUUGUGUAACCAAAUGUAAUGUAACGAAACAUAAAAAGGUUGGCUUACUUGAAUGGCAUUCUACAUAGUGAACGUGGGAAGAUCUGAUAAAUGUAUUUUAUUGGACAAAAUUGUUCAUUGGAUCUAAAACUGCUACUCACUAGUUACGAUAAACGAAGUAAAACCUACUAGUGAGUUGCCUUGUUUGUGCUAUUUGAGCUGAAAUCUUGUUUUGUAUAAUCUUGUGUAAUGUCAAUGAUUGCUUCUACAUGGAUGACCAAAAAACCUUUUUUAAAUCAAAUUGUCGUGUCUCUAGAAAUUCAAGAAGGCUAGUACAGUAACACGUAACAAGAAAAAUACAAGAAGUUUAAAAUUGACGUUAAUUUGUCAUUCGACUUUAGUACUAUUUAUCUUUCAAAUUGUUGUGCAUGAUGUAAAUGUACCGUAUGAUAAAUAUAGCCCAAGAUAUUGCUUUAUGUAUGGGGACAUUUCGCCAUGUUAGGGGUUGUCUGUUGUACAACUGAUAAGAUUUUGCAGGGACUACAUGAACAUAAUUUAUAUGCUGUAAAAUUUGGAGCUACAACAAGGUUAAAAAGCUUUUCCACCUAAAA